CACUUUAGGUCACCCGCAUUUCACGCCAUGGGCUGCCGCAUAAGCUGUGAGGAGGGAGAGCCGGCGGCGGCGGCGGCGCUGGACGACGACAACCUGCUCUCCGAGAUCCUCCUCCGCCUGCCGCCGCUCCCGUCCUCCCUCCCCCGCGCCUCCGCCGUCUGCAGGCGCUGGCGCGGCCUCAUCUCCGACCCAGCCUUCUCUCGCCGCUUCCGCCUUCACCACCGCCGCAACCCUCCACUCCUCGGCUGCUUCCACGCAGGUGCCGACAGCCCGUCCUUCGAGCCUACUCUGGAGGCCCCAGAUCGUGUUCCGCCCGGGCGUUUCUCCUUGCAAGCCGACCUCGACCACUUCCAGUUCCGGGUCCUCGGGUGCCGCCAUGGCCUUGUAUUAAUCCUCGACCCGAGGAGGCUCCAGUUGCUGGUAUGGGCCCCCGUCACCGGCCACCAGCACAACGUAUCCAUUCCCACGGGAUUCGAUCGGCUCAAGUUGGUCCGCGGGGCGGUGAUCCGCGCUGCUCCCGGGGACGUCCACUUCCAGAUCGUCUUGGUAGUGGCAGAUCACGACGAGAUGCAAGAUGGACGAGCGCUGGCCUGCGUUUACUCGUCCAAGACCGUGGCGUGGGGUAAUCCCAUCUUAACAUUGAUUCCCUCCGGGAACGAAUUUCCCACCAGGGCUUCUGGGGAUCUGGCUGUGCUGGUCGGGCAUUCCCUUUACUGGAUACUUUAUGGUAAUUUGCCAAAUAUCCUCGAGUUUGAUUUGGAGAGGGAGAGCCUGGCCGUGAUACCGUUGCCAGCGAAUAUGUUUGAUGUUCAAGGCUUCACACUCAUGCGGGCAGAGGAUGGUGAGCUGGGUUUUUUCUCCGUGUCAGGCCUCACUGCCCGGUUAUGGAAGAGGAACACCAUCUGUAAUGGUGUUCGAUCAUGGGGGAUAGUAAGAACUGUUGAAUUGGACAAGCUACUUUCCCUGGAUUCAGAGGAGCACAUAACCGUAUAUGGGUUUGCUGAGGAUAAUAAUUUGGUGUUCCUGCGGGUCGGUAUGAGCAUCGUCUUCACUGUCCAGAUUGAGUCAUUGCGAUUCAAGAAAGUUUUCGACACCUACAAAUGGCGUAGUUAUUAUCCAUUUGAAAGUGUCUAUGCUGCAGGUAUCUAGAAUUGUGUUCCAGUUGCUGAGAUACAGGAAUGGGCUUCUUUGCUGAAGGUUCUUUCAUUUUGACAAUUUCUCAUGGAGAUCAGUCAUCUUUGUAGCUUGCACAAGUGGGCAUGUAUGAGUUAAUCUUUUAAGUGGUCAACUUCCCCUUACCUCUGUUACCUAAUUUCUGGCCACAAUUAGCCAACAGGCAUGAUGAAGAUACAUUGACCUGCUUUGAUUAAGUAGUACUUGCGGUGUGGUUCAUUUGCUAUAUGCUUUUGAAGCAAGCUUGCCUGCAUGAUGAUCCUUGCUUA